GGUGAGGGGCCCAGGAGGCGGAAGUGGAGGGUUUGUGCACACUACACAGGGACGGGUCUUAGGGUCGGGGACGACGCCGCCGCUUGCGGGGAGUAACCGUGCCGACUCAGACCCGGUCGCUGGACUGUCGCCGCUCCGCUCCGCGUAAAGGCUCCGAUGGCGGCGCCUGCGCUGAUGGACCCACCGCAGGGCAGUGUGACCUUUGAGGAUGUGGCCGUGUACUUCUCCUGGGAGGAAUGGUGUCUUCUUGAUGAGGUUCAGAUACACCUGUACCUUGAUGUCAUGCUGGAGAACUUUGCAGUUGUAUGCAUGCUGGGUUCUUUUCCUGCAGUUGAGGAUGAAGAGACGCCUUCUGAACAGAGCGUAUCUGCAGAAGGAGUGUCACAGAUGAGGACCCCCAGGGCAGGUUCAUCUCCUGAGAAGGCCCAGCCAUGUAAGAUGUGCAUCCCAGUUUUGAGAGACAUUUUGCACUUGGCUGAAGAGCAAGGAACAAAUAGGGAGCAGAAAGCAUACACAUGUGGGGCAUGUGGGAAACAGUUCUAUUUCACUGCAAACCUUCAAGAGCACCAGAAGCAUCACAUUAGAGAGAAACCCUUCAGCUGUGAUAUGGGGAGACCUGCAUUUUUGAAAAGCUGCACAAUCCAUGUAACAGGGAAUCUCUCUACCUACAUGGAGAUUGGGAACAACUAUGUGGCCAACAUGGAACUUCAGCCACAGGCCACUAAUACCAGGAAGAAAUUGAACAACAGUAAGGAGUGUGAAGCUGUUUUUCACAGUGGAAAAGGUCAUCACAGCUGGAGAGAAGGCAAGAAAGCUUCCAGCCACACAGAAAUACUUAUUCAGGAUGAGAGAGUCCUCACUACUGAAGGGUUUUGUGAGUUCAGAGAAUGUGGGAAAGCCUUCACCCAAAGAACUAACCUUAUUCAGCAUGAGCAAGUUCACACUGGAGAAAGGCCUUAUGAAUGCAGCCAUUGUGGAAAAUAUUUUAGCCACAAAUCCCAUUUCCUUACACAUCAGAGAGUUAACUGUGGAGGAACGCUCUAUGACUGCAGUGAAUGUGGGAAAUCCUUUAGCCUAAGGAAGUACCUCAGAGCACAUAGGAAAAUCCACAGUGGAGAAAAGCCUUAUGAAUGCAAGGAAUGUGCUAAAUCUUUCAUCCAAAAGUGGAACUUAAUUGAACAUCAGAGAGUUCACACUGGAGAAAAACCUUAUCGAUGCACCCAAUGUGGAAAAUAUUUUGCCCGCAAAUCCAAUUUCCUUGCACAUCAGAGAGUUCACACUGGAGAAAAGCCUUACGAGUGCAAUGAAUGUGGGAAAUCUCUAACUACUAGCUCUGGCCUCUAUUAUCAUCUGAGAGUUCACACUGGAGAAAGGCCUUAUGAGUGCAGUGAAUGUGGGAAAUCUUUCACUACUUGGUCGAUCCUUUGUAAUCAUCAGAGAAUUCACAGUGGAGAAAGACCUUUUGAGUGCAGUGAAUGUGGGAAAUUCUUUAGCCGAAAUGAACAACUCAGUGCCCAUAUGAAUGUUCACACUGGAGAAAAGCCUUAUGAGUGCAAUAAAUGUGGGAAAUCUUUUACGAGUAGGUCGAACCUUUGCAAUCAUUGGAGAGUUCACAGUGGAGUGAGGCCUUUCGAGUGCAGUGAAUGUGGGAAAUUCUUUAGCCAAAAGGCACACCUCAAUGCCCAUAAGAAAUUUCACACUGGAGAACAGGUUUAUGAGUGCAAUAAAUGUGAGAAAUCUUUAACUCCUAGGCUGAACCUCAAGUGUCAUCAGAGAGUUCAUACUAGAGAAAGGCCUUAUGAGUGCAGUGAAUGUGGGAAAUCUUUUGUUGCUAGGAGUGGCCUCCGGUAUCAUCAGAGAGUUCACAAUGGAGAAAGGCCUUAUGACUGCAGUGAAUGUGGGAAAUCUUUUACUGCUAGGUCGAGCCUUCGUGAUCAUCAGAGAAUUCACACUGGAGAAAGGCCUUAUAAGUGCAGUGAAUGUGGGAAAUGUUUUACUGGUAGCUCUAGCCUUCUUCGUCAUCAGAGAGUUCACAGUGGAGAAAGGCCUUAUGAAUGCAGUGAAUGUGGGCAGUCUUUUACUAGUCGAUCCUCUCUCUAUGAUCAUCACAGAGUUCACACUGGAGAAAGGCCUUAUGGGUGCACUGAAUGUGGGAAAGCCUUUAAGCAAAGACAGCUCCUCCGCAUCCAUAGGAAAAUCCACGCUGGAGAAAAGCCUUUUGAGUGCAAGGAAUGUGGUAAAUCUUUCACCCAAAGGUGCCACUUGAUUAAACAUCAUAGAGUUCACACUGAAGAAAGGGCCUUAUGAAUAUCGCGAACAUGGCCGGCAGUGACAUUGAAGGAGUUCCGGGUGGUAAGAGAGUGAGAAGAACCCGUACAGCUAAUGGACCCUUUCUAGAGAGGAAACUGAGACACAGAGAUGAUGUGUCAUCUGUUUGUGAUCUCCCAGAAAUGGACAGGGAUCUGGGCUUCAAUGCCAGGUUGCCUGGUUCAGGAUAUCAGGAGUCUGGUCACUUCACUCCUCCCCUGCCUGCCACCUCCAGGUUUGGGGACUGAAAGAACACCUUGUCCAUUCUGACACUUCUGUGCCCCGACCCCCACACCAGGAGCCCUGCUCAUACCCCAGCCCCAUGCUGAUGGACAGGAUUAUCUUUUCUCUGGGAACCAAUAUUGAUGACUUUCCUGUGACUGACUCCAUUUAUGUACCCAACCAAUCCAGUGCUGUGAUUCAGUUAUUAUUAUUGCCAUUUGUGAAAGAAGGGGUGUCCAGCUCAGAGAGGUUGAGGGACUUCCACAAGGGCUCACUAAUGCCAGGCAUUUGAUGAGAGUGGUUCCUCUACACUGCACCCAUCCACUGUCUUCUCUCCUGCCCCUCCGAGCAGGGCCUCCACUUGCUGUGUCCUGACUAUGAACUACCCACAUCUGACAUCUGCAUCACUGCCAGGGUCUCCAGCUUCAUUUUCACCAGUGCACAUCUCCCGGAAACACCCUCCUGCUUGGGAGGUUCUCCACAGGGACAGCAGCACUAAGCCAGGCAGUCCGGACUGGGUCAUUGGUGUCACCCCAGAUUUGACACGGGCUCUACCACCAUAUGCAGUGAUUUGUUUCCAAGGUCCUGUCCAUCUUUACAUACCCACCUCAGGAUGUCCCUGUUGCCCUGUUAUGUGGUUGACCCGCUCACUGUUCUGGGCAGUGUGAGGGACAUGGAAGGACUAAGAAUGUCCAGUGUGACCCUACUUGGCCUGGUCUCCAAGCAUCCUCUUCCUAAGCCCUUGAUCCAUUGCCUCACUGUUCCUCCCAUCCCUCCAGAAAAAAUGUUAACUUACCAACAUGAUGAUUGUUAAUUAGCAAGAACUUGCCCUUCCCCCCUUGGGACCCACAUUUGAUCAACCUACCUUAAAAGCUAAGAUUGAAUGUAGGCUGACCCCUCCUAU